GAUUUACAUACUGACUUGGCAACUGAGUAUGACAGUAGCAAAAACAUGUUGGCAACAGGAAAAGGGGAAAUACCUCGGGCAUACAAGCAGUGGCACAAAUCAGAAGCACACAGAGCCAAGAGAGUAGCUAACCAGACAGUCAUGGGACACAGAGAUUAG